AUAAUAAUUGUGCGUAAAUAAUAAAAGUCCAGUUCUAUCGAUCGUAUAUCGAUAGGAAACACAGUAACAGAAGAAACAUAUGCCCAGCUGAUAAAUUACGUCAUAGUUAUAUUUGUCGGCUACCUUUUAUAUGUGUCAUAUGGAUGUCAUGUCAAACACAUAGAUAGUUUGUUUAUUUAAUAUGUUUAAUAGUGUUUUUUUGCAAGUGGUUUAAAAGUCAAAGAAAUGAGCAGAAAAACAGGAAGUUUGGAACUGCUCGACAUGGACCCAAACCAUUUUGGCAAAGAAAAUUACCGUUCCGAAACAAAAAGCCUGAAUUUAGGCAAAGGGCAAGAUUCCGCCAAUUGGGGCAAGACUUCACCUAGUAAAAGCUACUGUUCUUCAAGUUCUACUUCAACCGAAAAUGUUGUCUCCACAUUAGAGAGGAAAAAGGCUCAAGCAGCUUCAGAAUCUGGUACUCUCAAUCGGCCCGACGACUUGCCAUUAUUACCCGGAGAAAAGGUAACUGGACAAGCUAGAGAUGUCACUUACUUAUGUCCAUAUCAAGGUCCAGCCAGAGGGAUGCUAACCGUCACCAACUAUAAACUUUAUUUUCGAUCAGCAGAUAAAGAUUCAAAUAUUAUUGAAGUGCCAUUGGGAGUUGUAUCUCGAAUAGAAAAAGUAGGUGGUGCAUCAUCAAGAGGUGAAAACGCCUAUGGAAUAGAGAUAUUCUGUAAAGAUAUGCGCAACCUAAGGUUUGCACAUAAGCAAGAAAACCACUCGCGUCGCACUGUAUUCGAGAAGCUGCAAAGAUUUGCUUUCCCGCUUAGCUGUAAGCUGAAAUUGUUCGCGUUUGAAAACCAGGAAGUUUUUAGCGAAAAUGGGUGGGCUGUAUAUGAACCGAUUGCUGAAUUAAAACGAAUGGGGGUAAACAAUGAUAUGUGGAAAAUAACGAAAAUCAAUGAACACUACACGAUAUGUGACAGCUAUCCAGCGGUUUGGGCUAUCCCAGCUCAAACUAAAGAUGAAGAUAUCCAGGUUGUUUGCAGUUUUCGCAGCAGAGGAAGACUGCCAGUUUUGAGCUGGAUUCACCCUGAAUCGCAAGCUACGGUUACGAGAUGUGCCCAGCCUUUAGUUGGGGUAAGUGGGAAAAGGUGUCGAGAAGAUGAGCACUACAUUCAAUUGAUAAUGGACGCAAAUGCACAGAGUCAUAAAAUGAUUAUUAUGGACGCCAGACCCACAGCAAACGCAAUUGCAAAUAAGGCUAAAGGCGGAGGCUAUGAAUCUGAAGAUGCCUACCAGCAUGCCGAGCUGGUUUUUCUGGAUAUCCACAAUAUUCACGUUAUGCGAGAAUCGUUGAGAAAGUUAAAGGAACUUUGCUACCCCAAUAUUGAGGAAACCAAGUGGCUGAGUGGAGUAGAAUCUACAUAUUGGCUAAAACAUAUAAAAUGCAUUUUGGCGGGUGCUGUAAGGAUCGUUGAUAAGGUGGAAAACCACAAAACAUCUGUACUAGUCCAUUGUUCGGAUGGAUGGGACAGAACUGCUCAAUUAACGGCUCUUUCAAUGCUACUGCUCGACCCAUAUUAUCGUACGAUUAGAGGUUUUGAGGUGUUGAUUGAAAAGGAAUGGUUAUCCUUUGGUCACAAGUUUCAGCAGCGCGUUGGCCAUGGAGACGAACAUCAUAGUGACGCCGAUCGAUCACCUGUAUUUCUACAGUUUAUUGACUGUGUUUGGCAAACGACGCAACAGUUUCCUAACGCUUUUGAAUUUAACGAGCAUUUCUUAAUUACCAUUUUGGAUCAUCUGUACUCUUGCAGAUUUGGAACAUUUUUGUUCAAUAGCGAGAGGGAGAGAGCUGUGGAAAAAAUCAAGGACAAUACCGUUUCGCUUUGGUCAUAUACGAACAGCAAUUUGGAUCUGUAUAGAAACCCACUUUAUUGGGCUAAUGCCAAACAGGAGCGUGUGCUUGUUCCCAUAGCAAGUAUUCGACAUAUUAAACUGUGGAAAGCCUAUUACUGUCGGUGGAAUCCUAGCAUGCGAACGCAGGAUCCUGUAUAUCAACGAAUAUGCGAAUUGCUAAAGCUUAAAGAUCAAUUGGAGAACACAGCACAAGAGUAUAGAAAGGAACAGCAGCAACGCAUGACUAGAAGCAACGUCAGCCCUACAUGAUGUAAAGUGUUAUUGGAAGAGGCUUUGGAUUAAGACUGUAAAAAACGCAGUAUUUUUUUCAUCCAUCGGAAAUAUUAUCUGUUCAUUUCUAGUUUAAAAUGUAAUCAGUAAAAAAUAAUAUUCAUACGUAUGUAUAAAAUUACUAAUAAGCCAGUUUAUAUUUUGUACCAAAAAGUGUGUUAUUUGAUUUGUACAGCUUUAUUGCAUAUAUAUUAAUUCUUAAAUCAUAAAUAUUGUUUUUAUAACAUUCUGAGAUAGUUGAAAUAUUACUGAAAGUUAAGACGAAAUAGUAGAUUAUAAACUGAAUUGAAAUCUCCCAUGAAAUGUGUGUGCACCCAAUCGGAUAAAGUUUUCUUCUGAAGGUCUGAGUCUAUUUUGCAAAGCACCCACAGGGAAUAAGAGAAGAAGCAGUCUACACGUUUCAUUUGCAUCACAGAUCACAGAGGUUAUAGAUUGGAAACUGCCAAAUACGCCUGUAGAAUGCUAUUUGUUGCUUAUCUCAGCGGCUGCAAUGAAAACUAAACUCUAAUUUCCACUACUGGCAGAAGAAAUCUUCUUUAUCGAUUGGGUUUACAUCGAAAUUUAGCGGGGUAUUUGAUUUCAGUUUAUGACCUCUGUGAUUUCCGUAGGUCUCAAUAACAUUUCAAGCAUUUCAUCAUGCUCCUUAAUUGUGAUGUUUAUGCUAGGGCUUCAAUUAACAUCACAAUUAAAGGGCAAUAUGAGAUACUCGAAAUAUUAUUGAAACUUCAACGGAAAUCACAGAGUUCGUAAAGUGAAUACAAAUCGCCUGCUAAAAUUGUGUUCGUGUGAAAACUAGGGCAAAUCGGGAAAAUAAAGCACAUUAAUUUAUCUCUACAAUAGGUAUUUAUUAAACUAAAAAACCUAGAGAUGUAAUUUAUAUUGAGAUUACAUGAGUUAGAUCGUGUAGUGCUUCAACAAAACUUGAAAUAAGUUUUAUUCACAUUAAAUAAUAAAUAUGUUGAACAAAUA